AUGAGUGCGAAAGAAGCCGGUGCGAAUCAAGGUGCGGAUGAAACGAUGUCGCAAACGCCGGAAAAGCAGAAUACGGGAGGCUGCGUCAACUGCUCGCGCCCCGAUAGUUACGACAAUUUCGUCCAAUGUGACCAGUGCGAUGGCUGGUGGCACAUGCGCUGCGCGGGAGUGACCGCAUCAAUCGCGGAGAGGCCCUGGACGUGCCGUAAUUGCUUACCUUCGUCUGUCCACAGCAAGGCGACAAACCGGUCGGCUCAGAUUGCUCUGAGACUGAAGAAACUGGAGGAGGAGCGCGCAAUUCAACAGCGUGCGGCGGAGGCAGAGAAAAGGGCCAUCGAGCAGGACAGGAAACUCAUGCAGGAGAAGUUUGCUCUGAUGGAGGAGCAGCUUGAAGAUGAACGGGAGAAAGCAAGCAACCGCAGCCAGGUGAGUCGACGAUCGAGGGAACAACGAGUGACGGAAUGGGUGCAGCAGCAGUCAUCGAAUGAAGGAGCUGUAGGAGGAGUACCGGAGAAGCAAGAUGCAGAAGCCGGACGCCGUCCUUCCGUCGCGGAGCAUCAGGCAGAGCCCAACCCUGUGAAGGAACCACCCAUGCAGCGUGGAGAAAUACUGGUAGAUCCGUCGAAACACAUCCGGAAUCAGCAGCGGAAUACAGGCGCGAUUCCUAAAACGGUUCAGAAUUGUCAAAUCAUCCCGACGACAUCUUUGGCCGCUCGACAAAUUAUGCCCCGCGACCUUCCCCCUUUCGCCGGUAACCCCGCGGACUGGCCUAUAUUUAUUAGUUCGUUUGUCAAUACAACCGCCGCGUGUGGAUAUUCCAGUGUUGAAAACUUAACCCGACUACAACGAUGCCUGAAAGGUUCAGCGUAUGAAGCAGUAAGAAGCCGUCUCCUUCUCCCGGAAUCAGUGCCGCAGGUCAUCAACACUCUUCAGCUUCUCUAUGGACGUCCGGAACUCCUGAUCAAUGUGCUGUUGGAUAAGGUGAGAUCGACUCCAGCACCUAAGGCGGAACGUCUAGAAACGCUCAUCGAGUUUGGAAUGGCAGUACAGAGCUUGUGUGACCAUUUGGAGGCAGCAGGUCAACAGUCCCACCUGAUGAACCCGUGUUUGCUGAUGGAGCUGGUGGAAAAGUUGCCCGCACAUGUGAAAAUGGAGUGGGCGAGUUUCAUGCAGCGGUUUCCUGAGGUGAACCUUAAGACUUUCGGAACCUUCAUGGACGGCAUUGUGGUAUCGGCCAGCAAGGUCCCCCGAUAUACUGGAGGAUACGGAAAAGGAGCCAGCGUGGACAAGUCAACAACGAAGAACAGAGGGUCGAUCAACACGCAUGUUAGCCAACCGGAAGUACCGAAGAAAGAGGAUAAGCCAUGUGGUGUUUGCAAGCGGCGAGGGCAUCGGGUACGGGACUGCGACAACUUUAAAGCGCUCUCUGUCGACGACCGGUGGAAGACAGCGCAGGACAACGAACUUUGUCGCAGCUGCUUAAAUGCGCACGGCAGAAGGAGUUGUCGAAGUGCAACCCAGUGUGGAAUCAACGGAUGCCCUUUCCGCCACCACCCACUACUGCAUUCCAACCGUAGUAAUCGACCGUCCAGUGGAUCAACAGCGCCCAGGGUAGCGUACAAUAUCGAAACUGCGGGAAAUCAUGCACAUCGUAUGCAGGAUCAAUCGCUGCUUUUUCGUAUAAUUCCAGUGACGCUCUAUGGACCGAAGAGAACAGUGAAAACCUUUGCAUUCCUGGACGACGGCUCUUCCUUAACACUAGUAGAAGAGGAGCUUACAAACAAGAUCGGUAUCGACGGGAUACCGGCACCAUUGUGUCUAACCUGGACGGGGAAUGUGUCCAGAAUCGAAGCUGAAUCGAAGCAGUUGCAGUUAGAGGUGUCCAGCGCUAACGGUGGAAAGCACCACCAACUGAAGAAUGUGCGUACCGUGAAAAAACUAGCUCUGCCUGGUCAGACGUUGCGAAUCAACGAGUUCGUGGACAGGUAUAAGCAUCUUCGCGGCCUCCCACUUUCCGGAUACGAGAACGCAGUACCUCAGCUGCUGAUAGGAGUCAACAACUUACGGUUUACAUUACCGUUGAAGGUGAAAGAAGGUGAUUCCAACGAACCAGUUGCCAUGAAAACCCGUCUGGGCUGGUGUGUAUACGGGGGGAUCGAUACUUCGUUGACCAAUGCCGUCAAUUUCCACGCUUGUGAUUGUGACUCGGAUCGUGCACUGCACGAACUGGUGAAGGAUUAUUUCACUCUAGAGGACGUCGGUUCCAGACCGAAGAAUGAAUUGCUGUCAGCCGAUGACAGGAGGGCUCAGCAUAUUCUGGAGAAGACCACUACACGGGUGGGCAAUCAAUUUGAGACAGGGCUGUUAUGGAGGUACGACGAAGUUGAAUUUCCGGACAGCUACGGAAUGGCUUUACGAAGACUGGAGUGUCUAGAACGUCGGAUGGUGAGGAAUCCAUUAUUAAAAGAGAAAAUUCACCGUCAAAUUGAAGAGUACCAGCAGAAAGGUUACACGCAUCGAGCUAACGAGGAGGAGGUAAAAGCAGUCGAUCCUAGAAGAGUCUGGUACCUACCGCUGGGAGCGGUAGUGAAUCCAAAGAAGCCGGAAAAGGUUCGGCUCAUCUGGGAUGCCGCAGCUGUAGUGGAUGGAAUCUCCCUCAACGCAAUGCUUCUCAAAGGCCCGGAUCAGCUCACAUCAUUGCCAGCUGUAUUGUCGCGGUUUCGCCAGUUUGCGGUGGCAGUCGCCGCCGAUAUUUAA